AUGGGUUGCCGGACUUCGUGGCUGAUUCUAAAGCUGAUGCUUCUAGCUCUGGCAACGGCCACGGCCACGGCAGACGUUUCCCCGUUGUGCCAGGCCGUCGUCUGGGCCUCGGACGACGGUAAAUGGUCGGUCGGCGGCAGUGGCCAGGUGUCCUGUGCCUGUGCCGGCAGUGACGGUGAUGUGCGAGAGCUGAGCUUGCAACUGAGCGGCAACACACUGGCCACAGAGAUUGUCAACAACACCGUGCUCUACACGGAACCGAGUGCCACGGAGACCGUACAGAAUGAGUACGAGUGCUGGUGGAAAGGUUAUCCACUGGCGUCAGUCAAGGUCACAGUGAUAGCUGUGCUCAAUGUGACAGACCUCUCCUGCCGCUUCGACGUCAGGGAUAAACUGAACUGUAGCUUCACUCGGGCAGAUGACGAAGAGUUCCACGAGGUGACCCGAUACCAGCUGGCCGUGGCCAGUGGCAAGACGGGCCAAUGCACGUCCGAGCAGGGCAAGGCCGCUCGGAUGCACUGCAUGCUGGAUACGACCGGCUAUGCCCAUGAUUUGCCAACCCAAGCCUUCACGCUGACCAUGAUUAGCGACCGAGUUGGUGCAACGCAGACGCAGCAGAUCGAGCUGCCCCUCGACAGCAUGUACGUGCCGGAGUGGCCGUCGAGCAUGGCGAGCCGUAGAACGGUGACCGCCAACAAGACAUGUCUGGCGUGGGAGAACGCACAGGAACUGCUCAAAAGGGACCUCGAGUGGGUAGUGGAGCUGCGGCCCCGCCGAACUGAGAUUCCCCCGAUAAACCUUACACUGCCCGGAGGCGAGAAAACGGACCAGAGAAUUCUCACAUUCUGCUUCCCCCAUCCGCCGCAGGGCUUCCAGAUCUUCGAUGUGCGCCUCAAGUGCCACAUCAAGGGGAGGAAAACAAUCUGGUCGGAAUACUAUCCCCAGUUUAACAUCACCACGAAUGCCACUGUGCCCGCCCGUCCGCCGCAGUUCAUGCCCGACGGCUUCUCCUUCGACAAGGACAACAACGAGCUAACCGUCUUCUGGUUCCCGCUGGACGAGAUUGAUCACAACGGACCAAACCUGACAUACGACGUCUAUGGGAACGGGUAA